AGUAAGUCGAGGAGUAAAGUUCGCAUUAAGAUGAACAGCUUUUUAAAGUUCACGAUUCUGUUAUCAAUUUCCUGUCUAUUGGCAUGCAGUGCAAGUGAAAUCUUGUCUUAUCAAGAAGUUAAAGAAGGAUUUAAAAAUCCAAAAAAUAACUUUUUCGAUGUAAGAGAGAAAAUUGAGCUUGUUGAGACUGGAAAAUAUCCAAAUGAUCCAACUAAUGUUCAGAUGGUGAAUCUUGAAGCGGCGUUUGAUUUAAGUCCAGAAGAAUUUCAACAAACUUAUAACCGCGCAAAACCUGACAUUAAUGAUCCCAUCAUAUUUCUUUGCAAAAAAGGUAUAAGAGCUAAACUUGCAUACGAACAAAUCACAGCUAAGGGAUAUACAGACGUUAAAUAUUACAAAGGAAGCUGGAACGAAUGGUGUGUUUUGGAAGGCUUGACAUGUUAUGAGAAUCCAUAGAUUGUAAUAAGACUGAAUAAAUUUAUUAAAAUUAUAAAUUGA